CCCCGGGCUGCUGCUGUUUCAACACCACCGCCAACAUCGCCAUCACCAUCACCGUCAAACUGUAAAAGGGCAUUGUGCGCGCCCAAUUGCAUGGUUUGACCCGACAGAGCCCGUCUUUGCUCUCUUCUUCUCUCUUUUGUCUGCGCUUUUGGCGUCCUCUCCUUAACAACCUUCGGGCGAGCCGCGCCCCUCGAUUCCUCCCGAAACCAUGGCUCAACUCGUCGAUAACGCGCAAAUCAAGGAGGCCGAGCUCCUCAAGCCGCUUCCUUUGCACUUCCACGCUUAUAUCUGGCCCUUUGCAAUCGCCUGGCCCGUCUUCCUUCGAUACUUCCUGACUCCCGAACUCUACGAGAAGCACAUCGGUGCUCCCGAAUGGACCUUUGUCUGGGUUGGCUCCAUCAUCACUGUCCAGGCUCUUGUCUGGCUCAGCACCCACUGGAGCGUGAACCUUGCUGCGCGCUUCAAGGCCUCCAAGGUCACCAAGAUGGAAGAUGCACAGCUCAUUAAGGUCAUGCCUGUCGCUAACGCUGGCUCCCCCGAGAUCUGCAAGCUCGUCCGCGACAAGGCUGGCGGCAAGACGAACCUCUCCUUUCUCUUCCAGAAACGCCGCUUCCUCUACAGCCCCGAGACCAAGACCUUCGACUGCCUCAAGUACGACAUCGAUUCGACCCCCGCGCCCACUAUUGGCCAUUUCCUCUCGUCCCGUGGUAUCGACAAGCAGUCCGAACUGUCCCGCAUUGAACAACACUAUGGCACAAACACCUUCGACAUCCCCGUCCCGACCUUUACAGAGCUCUUUAAGGAGCACGCCGUCGCCCCGUUCUUCGUGUUCCAGAUCUUCUGUGUUGGUCUGUGGAUGCUCGACGAAUACUGGUACUACUCUCUCUUCACCCUCUUCAUGCUCGUCGCCUUUGAGAGCACUGUUGUGUGGCAGCGCCAGCGCACCCUGACCGAAUUCCGCGGCAUGAGCAUCAAGCCCUACGACAUGUGGGUGUUCCGUCUUGGCAAGUGGGCUGAGGUUCAGAGUGAUGCCCUCCUCCCCGGUGAUGUUGUCUCCGUUACCCGCACCAAGGAAGACUCCGGCGUCGCUUGUGACAUGCUUCUUGUCGAGGGCACUGCCAUUGUCAACGAAGCCAUGCUUUCUGGUGAAAGUACGCCACUGCUCAAGGACUCCAUCAUGCUCCGACCUGCUGAUGCCACUCUCGACGCUGACGGCUUGGACAAGAACGCCUUCCUUUGGGGUGGCACCAAGGUUCUUCAGAUUACCCACGGCAACCCUGAUCAAGAGAAGCCCAAGCUGGCUUCUGGAAUCCCCACUGCUCCCGACGGCGGCGCCAUUGCCAUUGUUACCAAGACCGGCUUUGAGACGUCCCAGGGCAGCCUUGUGCGCACCAUGAUCUACUCUACUGAGCGCGUCUCUGCCAACAACGUCGAGGCGCUCUUCUUCAUUCUCUUCCUCUUGAUUUUCGCCAUUGCCGCCUCUUGGUAUGUCUGGGACGAAGGUGUUCGCAAGGAUCGCAAGCGCUCCAAGCUUCUUCUCGACUGUAUCUUGAUUGUCACCAGUGUCGUCCCGCCCGAGCUUCCCAUGGAACUUUCUCUUGCUGUCAACACUAGUUUGGCUGCCCUUGCCAAGCUUGCCAUCUUCUGCACUGAGCCCUUCCGUAUUCCCUUUGGUGGUCGUAUUGAUGUCGCCUGCUUUGACAAGACUGGUACCCUGACUGGCGAGGACCUCGUUGUUGAAGGCAUUGCUGGUAUGGCUCUUGGCCACGACGAAAUCCAGGACAAGCGCGAGGCUGAUGGUGCCCACUCUACCAUUGCUGAUGUUAAGCAGACCAGCCUCGAAACCCAGCUUGUUCUUGCCACCGCCCAUGCUCUUGUUCGUCUUGACGAAGGUGACAUUGUUGGUGACCCCAUGGAAAAGGCUACCCUCUCCUCUCUCGGUUGGACCCUCGGCAAGAAUGACACUCUCAGUAGUCUCGCCAAGGCUACUGGUGCCAUUGGAAACGUUCAGAUCAAGCGCCGAUUCCAGUUCUCCUCUGCCCUCAAGCGUCAGAGCUCCGUCGCCAUGGUCAACGGUACUAACAGCCAGACUGGCGAGAAGCUCAAGGGCACAUUCGCCGGUGUCAAGGGUGCGCCCGAGACCAUCAUGAAGAUGCUUGUCAAGGUUCCACAGGACUACGAAGAAACCUACAAAUACUUUACCCGCAAGGGAUCUCGUGUUUUGGCUCUGGCUUACAAGCAGCUCACUGUUGAUACUGAACUUGGCGCUGCCAAGAUCAACGACUUGAAGCGUGAAAAGAUUGAGUGUGACCUUACUUUUGCCGGUUUCUUGGUUCUCCACUGCCCCCUCAAGGAAGAUGCCAAGGAAGCCGUCCAGAUGCUCAACGAAAGCAGCCAUCGUGUCGUCAUGAUUACCGGUGACAAUCCUCUUACUGCCGUCCAUGUCGCCCGCGAGGUCGAGAUUGUCGAUCGUGAGACUCUGAUCCUCGACGCCCCCGAAGAUAGCACUGGCAAGGAACUCGUCUGGCGCAGCGUCGACGACAAGAUCAACGUCAAGGUCGACCCUACCCAGCCCAUCGAUGCCAAGAUUCUCAAGGAAAACGACCUCUGUGUUACCGGAUAUGCCCUUGCCCAGUUCCAGGGCCAGCCUGGAUGGAACCAGAUUCUCCGCCACACCUGGGUCUACGCUCGUGUCUCGCCCAAGCAAAAGGAAGACAUUCUCCUCGGUCUCAAGGAUAUGGGUUACUACACGCUCAUGGUUGGUGACGGUACCAACGAUGUCGGUGCGCUGAAGCAAGCCCACAUUGGUAUUGCCCUUCUCAACGGUACCAAGGAAGAUCUCACCCGUAUUGCCGACCACGCCCGCAACGGCCGCCUCAAGGAUGUCUACCAGAAGCAGUGCGAGAUGAUGCGCCGCUUCAACCAGCCUGACCCUCCCGUUCCCGUCCUCAUUGCUCAGCUCUACCCCCCUGGUCCUUCCAACCCUCACUUCCUCAAGGCUUGCGAACGCGAAGCCCUCAAGAAGGGUGUUACCACGGAAGAGUACGUCAAGGCAAUGGGCCACAAGAUGGAUGCUAUUGCUACUGCCACCGCCGCGGCCCCCGCUGCCAAUGUUGAUCCCCGUGUUGCUGCUAGCCAAAAGAAGGCCGCUGGUCUCGCUGACAAGCUGACCUCGAGCAUGAUGGAAGCCGAGCUUGGUGACGACGAACCCCCUACGCUGAAGCUUGGUGACGCCUCCGUCGCUGCCCCCUUUACUUCCAAGCUUCGCGACGUCAUGGCUGUUCCCAACAUUGUCCGCCAGGGUCGCUGCACGCUUGUUGCCACGAUUCAAAUGUACAAGAUUCUCGCGCUCAACUGUUUGAUUACCGCUUACUCGCUAUCUGUCCUGUACCUCGAAGGCAUCAAGUUUGGCGACACCCAGUACACCAUUAGCGGUAUGCUCAUGUCUGUCUGCUUCCUGUCCAUCUCUCGCGCCCGUGUCGUCGAGGGUCUGAGCAAGGAGCGUCCCCAGCCCAACAUCUUCAACGUUUACAUUAUCGGCUCCAUUCUCGGCCAGUUUGCCGUCCACAUUGCCACGCUCAUCUACACUGCCCGCCUUUGCGAAAAGAUUGAACCCCGUUCCGACAUUGUUGAUCUCGAAGCCGAGUUUGCCCCAUCGCUUCUCAACUCCGCCGUCUACCUCUUGCAGCUCGUCCAGCAAGUGUCCACCUUUGCCAUCAACUACCAGGGCCGCCCGUUCCGCGAGUCCCUCUCGGAGAACAAGAUGAUGUUCUACGGUAUCGUUGGUGUUUCUGGCCUCGCCUUUGUCUGCGCCGCCGAGAUUAUGCCCGAGAUCAACGAGUCCAUCAAGCUUGUGCCCUUUACCAACGAGUUCAAGACCAAGAUGACCAUUUGCAUGGCCCUCGACUUUGUCGUUUGCUGGACCAUUGAAGUCGUCCUCAAGUACCUGUUCAGCGACUACCACACUCGUGAUAUUGCCGUCCGCCGCCCCGAGCAGCUUGCCCGCGAAGAGGCCCGCAAGAAGAUUGAGGCUGAGAAGAAGGCUGCCGCAGACGAUGCUGCCCGCCUUGCGCAGGUUGCUGAGUUUGAACGCAAGGUAGCUGAGAGACGCCGCGCUCUGGAGGAGCGAUGGGGUGUUCGUCCCGCGGGACAGCCUCAGGCUGCGGAUGCUGCUGCUGCUGGAGCUUCGAAUUAGAUAUGAUGAUGGUUGUUGUUGUUAUUGUUGGGAAAUUGCCCAUCGUAUUCACUGACAAAAAGACUUUGCUUAUUGUAGGAUGCAAUGUAAAAGACUACGCUAGAUGCAUUAUAAUAUAGACAUUGGUUUUCACGUUUACAAAAAAGCACAAUAUUCACUUUUCUCAUGGUGUAAGAUAGAAUGGGUACUAGUAGCAGUAAAAGCUCGAUUAAAGUGUUCUUUUUACAUUAUGAUUAGAAGAGAUAAGAGUGCUGUGGUGUUCCGUCCUUUCUAGUAUUCGUCUCUCGGUACAUUUACAAUAAAACAUGGGGGAAGAAGAAAGACAGGAAAGAAAAAAAACAAUGCUGCGGACCACACUCUUCUGCACAAUUUGUCCCGACACUUUUCUAUAUCCCCAGAGGAACAAAAGAGAAGGAGGCAAAAGGUAACAAUCGAGAACUGCCACUAGCUCAUCUCAUCCAGCAUACACACAUCCUCCGCUCCUGCUCGCCGGUAUUUUUUCAUCAUCUUCGUUUGGUAAAUUAUACAAUUAUCGUGGUUUUUUUUUUAUAUUUUGGGGGGUAAUUCCUUUGCGUAGUUGUCCCAAGAGGCAGCCAACAAAGAAGAGCGACUAGCAGUUAGUAGCGCACUUAUUUGCCGGGGUUGGAGGCGACGAAAGCAACACCCUUCUCGAUGUUCUUCUUGAGGUCGCCAAUGCAGGCCUCGAGGAGCUUCUCCUCAACGGCAUCGACAGCGCCGACGGGGAGGAUCUUCUCAACACCGUUGGGGCCGAGCUCAACCUUGGAGGAGAAGAACUCAAUGCCCUGGUCGGCGUAGAGGGGAGACUCAACAAAGGUGGGCUCAAUGACACCCUUCUCGCCGUCAGCGGCGCGGAGGAGAGAGUCAGCCAUGCGGGCACCAGCCAUGGCCAUGGAGAGGGUGGCGGAACCGGCACCGUCCUUGGCCUUGACGACCUCGUCACCACCGAAUUGGACACGCUUGACGAGCUCAGCAUCGGAGCUCAGCUCGGGGUGGCUGCUCUGGGAGAAGAGAGGGACGAUGGUGACACCGGAGUGACCACCAACAACGGUGAUGUUCUCGUCCUUGGGGUCGGAGCCCUUGAUCUCGGAAACGAAGCGAGAAGCACGGACAACAUCGAGGGUGGUGACACCGAAGAGCUUCUUGGGGUCGUAGACGCCCUUGGCCUUGAAGACCUCCUUGCAGAUGGGGACGGUGGAGUUGACGGGGUUGGAGAUGACGAGGACCUUGGCCUUGGGGGCGGACUCGGCAACAGCCUUGGCGAGGUCGCGGACAAUGGAGGCGUUGGUGUUGAAGAGAUCGUCACGGGUCAUGCCGGGCUUGCGGGGGACACCAGCGGGGAUGAGGACGAUGUCGGAGCCCUUGAGGCACUCGUUGAGGCCCUCGGGGGUAGGCUCGUAGCCCUUGACGGGGGCCUUGGUGUUGAUGUGGGAGAUGUCA